UACUUAGCGCUACGCCUACCACGUUUGACUCGAUGUUGACUCUUCCUGGCGCAAAGCCAUCAACGAUUCCCGAUAUUUUUCGGCGAUCAUCCAGUUUGUUGCUAUCGGACCGCUCAAAGAACGACGUGCAGUCACACGCAGUAUUAUGGUACAUCUGCCUCCCACACAGCUCGGUCUCACAGUUCAUUAGCGGAACUUGUGUUUGCCCCUUACAGCUACAUAUAUCGUGCUUCACAUCCCAUGAGCACAUAUAUAAGCCUGUCAAGCUAUCCUGAAGCCGCUAGAGCUUUCAACGACGCCAACUUUAUUCUCGACCUGAACGACGCCACCCAACGGUAUGCCCAAAUGCAAAAGGCGCUCUUUACUGCGUUCGCUACCAUCUCUGCGCAGCUGCAUAGCUUGGACUUGCAGCGCGUGGCACUGCCGUUAAGACCACGAUGGAACGCGAUCCAUGCUGAGUUUGUCACCGUUAUGAAGCAUAUACGGACGAACACCGUCGAUCUCACCGGGCGCGCGAAGAUGCUCUGCACAGUCGUGCUUCCCAUACUAGCGAGGAACCUAAACAAUAUGACACCGCGUUCACGCCAGGAAAAGAUCCAAAUUCUUCAAUCUUAUAUCAAGAUAACUUCAGACCAUGUCGCGCUCACCCAGAGCUAUGUGGGCGCGAUCUUGACUAUAAUAUCAAAUUUGACCGUAUUCCAUAAAGACCUGGCUCAGUUAGCCUGCCAACACUCGUCGUUGGCGUCGGGCCGCAACGAUCUACGUGACCUAGCCAAAAAAUUUCUUCAACUCGAGAACCAUCUAAAACAUAGAUUGUAUCACUCGUUCAGUAGUACUCAAUUCGACACCACAAUUGUCGCAAAAACGUCCACACGUUUAAUCUCAUUCUCUGGACGCCGACCGCAUAAGUCGAAAUUGUCCACACACGGGGUUGCACUUGCGGAUGAAAAUAUGACACGGGCAUAUGACGAGCUCGAACAAUGCAAGAGCGAGGUGACACACGCACAGUACGCUGUGCAAGUCUCUCACCGGCAGACGGACGCGCUCAAUACAGCACGUUCGGCAGUUUCUUCCUUCGUGUUUGAUCUCAUGGUCAAUGUCGAGUAUGGUCUUUCACUCUUUCUGUCCGUCUGGUCGUCAGUAAUGGGCGACUGCCUUCAAAUGGUAGCUUGGCUACAGAACCCCGUCGCUAGCUUACCGCCGUCUAUGUCGGUGUACAUCGACAGCGGAAUGAUGUUAUAUGCCCCUGUUGGAGCGGCAUUAGAAUUGUACAGCGGUGAACUGGAUAAGACGUAGAGGAUCUAAUACAUGGACCUAUAAACUUAUAUACGAACUUCCACGACAUAUUUUAACAAGGCGUAAUAGUGCGCAGUUCAUGAUUCUGCAGAGGUGUAUUGACCAUAGAACUAGAAAAUGCGAUGUUCCUGAAUAGAUGUGAUGGCAUAGGUGCAUGCAUGGUAUUAACGUCCAUCUGGGUAUCAACGUCUCCCCUAACGAAUAAACACUUGUCGAACUAAGCCGCCAGUCAUUAUAAUGCGCUCUUUUCUCCUAAUUGGCACACCGGCAUUCCUGAUUUCUGCAAUUCUGUCCAUGAGGUUAGGAUACGCAUGGAUCAUAAUUGAGUUUGUUGGACAUCCAUGCGUAGCGAGAAUCUCCUUC